UGUAAAGGGACAAUGCUUAAUUUACAUCCAACGGAGAGAGAUUGAUAAACAUCUUUUGUCUGAAAGAAAACUUGUUUCUCUCCUGUGACUCCUGCAGUCUUAGAUCAUGUAUCAAGACCUUUGCACAGGUGCGUGGAAUCUGGUGCAGCUAACUUAAUGAUUCAGCAGAAGAGCAAACACUUCAUUCUUCUCCUCUCAAAUGGCUUGCUCUGCAAGGAUUUUGGUGACAGCCUGGUGCUUUUUUGUUGGCAUCUCUGUUUCUGUGCCAGGAUGGCAAGAACUGGUCAAUGGGCUCCCACCUCCUUGUGAGAGCCAGAUUUACUGCACUGGGGACCUCCUGAAGCAGGUCCAGCUGGCCAGGCUCUUCUCUGAUGACAAACACUUUGUUGACAUGCCGUUGCGGGAGUCUCCAGAACUAGUUCUGAAGAAGUUUCAGCAGCUAGUGAAUGUGACUCCGGGGGGGAUGUUGUCCAAAGAGCAGCUGCAACAGUUUGUGAGCUCAUCCUUCAGUGACCCUGGACAGGAGUUUGAGCAAUGGGAACCUCAGGACUGGACGAGCAGCCCCCAGAUUUUAGCCAAGAUUUCUGACCAGAAACUCCAGGCAUGGGCAUCGGAUCUGAAUGCCAAGUGGAAAUCCCUAGGGAGAAAGAUCAAAGAUGACGUUAGGACUCGCCCGAUGUUUUACUCUCAGAUUUAUGUGCCGCACCCUCUGAUGGUGCCCGGUGGCAGGUUCAUUGAAUUUUACUACUGGGAUUCCUACUGGGUGAUCGAAGGGCUGCUCCUCUCUGAAAUGGCAACCACAGCCAAGGGGAUGAUACAGAACUUCUUGUACCUGGUGGAAAGGUAUGGGCACAUCCCAAAUGGAGGGCGAGUCUAUUACCUGCGCCGGAGCCAGCCACCUUUCCUCACUCUGAUGAUGGAUGCCUACCUGGCCCACGCCAAUGACACAGAGUUUCUCAGGGAGAAUAUCCAUCUGCUGGAGGUAGAGUACGAGUUCUGGCAGAGGAAUCGCUCUGUGAGCAUCACAGUUGGGGACAGGAAUCACACUCUGAACUACUACAACGUUCAGAUCGGGGAGCCCAGACCAGAGUCCUACAGCAAAGAUUGGGAGUUGGCAAGUGACUUAAAUGAAGAUGCCAGGCAGGAGCUCUGGGCAGAGCUAAAAUCAGCAGCCGAGUCAGGCUGGGACUUUUCCUCUCGCUGGUUCCUCUCCUGGUCUCCCCCGCUCCCUGCGACACUAAAGGAUACCAAAGCCAGGGCUGUAGUGCCAGUGGAUCUGAAUGCCUUUCUGUGCAAGACAGAGCACCUGCUGGCUUCAUUCUACAGGAUACUGGGAAACACCAGCAAGGCUGCCCAGUUCCAGGCUGCUCUGGAGCACAGGCUCGAGGCAGUCCAAGCUGUCUUCUGGAAUGAGGCUGCUGGAGUCUGGCUGGACUUCAACCUCCUGAAGAAGCAGCCAAACCCAGCCUUCUACCCCUCCAACCUGGCACCCCUGUGGACUGACUGCUUCUCAGACCAGGCUGCAGCUGAGAGGGCAGUGCGGUACUUAGAGGGGAGCACAGUGCUGUCCUACAAGAACGGGAUCCCUACCUCACUUGCCAGGACUGGGGAGCAGUGGGACCUGCCCAAUGCCUGGCCUCCACUGCAGCAUAUGGUGAUUGCAGGUUUGGCCAAGUCCAGAUCCUCGAGAGCCAAAGAAAUUGCCUUUGUCCUGGCGCAGAACUGGGUCAGAACCAACUUUGCCUUAUAUAAGAAGUACCAGGCCAUGUUCGAAAAGUACAAUGUGGAUGGAGAUGGGAAGCCAGGGACAGGAGGAGAGUACCAAGUCCAGGAGGGAUUUGGCUGGACCAAUGGUGUAAUCCUGCAACUCUUGGAUCUCUAUGGCGACCGCCUGACUUCUGGCUCCCCCUCCACCCCCUUCAGGGCCUGGAUUGUUAUUGCUUGCAUCUUCCUCCUUAACCUGAAAUGAUAGGGGAAGUGGUUUGGGCUCCGAGCAGCAGGGCCAGAGGAAACAAGCCCAUGGGUAGUGAACAGUACCCUGGCCUUAUAGCCAGUUAGGGAAGUGUGUGUGGGGGACUCAUCUGGGGCAGCCACCUCUUUCUCUACCUGCUGGGACAGCAAAGCAGCCACAGGUGAACAAUAGCUGUGACUAAAGCCCUGUGCCUGCAGCCCUGCUGAGCCCCCUACCUGUGAUUCUCUCAUGCUUUUGCUGUGUCAUUAAUGUUUAUCAAACUGGUCUUUGCUGUCAUACCUGCCUUGGUGGUUACUGGGGCCUGAUUCUUGUGGAGGUCUGUGCUGAGGCCCCACAUCCCCUAGUCUCCGCUCAUUGCCCACCACAGAUCCUUUAUCCCUUCAUUCUCACAAAGUUCCCUUUGUGCCACCCUUCCAUGUCCCCCUCAUUCAGAGAAAUGUGUAAAUAGUUAAACUUG